AUGGCGACCGAAAUACAGUCGUUCUACACCCCCUCGACCUCCACACACAUCUCCUCGCAUGCGCCGGCUGCAGUGGAUGAGCUGAUCAACAAAUACUCUUCUACCAUGACAAACUGUCCUGGUUCCAGCCAGUUGUCCAUGAAGCAACCCCGUCGCAACAUCCUGCAGCGAUCUGUCGACCGUAUUCGGCUGGAAUACUACCGCUACGAGGUUACAUUCGGACUCUAUGUGAUGACACCAGGAGAAAAGCUGGUGGCCAACACCUUUGUGAUGGUCGUCCUGUCCUUGCUGUUCUGGGCACUGCUUGUUUAUUUCCCCGCGCUGCUGUACCAGAAGCUCAGCCGUCUCGUAUGGCUGUUGACUGGGCAUAGUAGCGAGGAAAUGGGUGCAGCCUUGGGCAUACUCGACUCGCACGUUAACUCGAUAUCCACCCCCUCCAGCUGA